GCAAAGUUUGCUAACUCACUUUGCUUUUUGUUACUGGGUUAAAAAAAAGAAUAGUAAUUGGACCCAGAUAGCACCUACUGGGUCACUUGCGGGUAGACAGGUAACCUGGGUAGAAACGGGUAGAUCACCU